GGCAGAGCAGCAUGGUGAUUUUAAAAAAUUUUGAAUUGCCCGCCCUUUAGUCAGUGACUAAACGAGCACCAGUGCGAACGCGCGCAGCGGCAGCUAUUCCAAAUUCCAGCGUUCUUGGCACUCCUCCGGCGUUCUUCCCCCAAUCAAUCACCCGAAAGCCCGCCAUUAAAACAAAUAACUAACUAGAAUUCUAAAUCGGUUCUCGAGUGAUUAUACAACCCGAAAUCAACACAAAAACCAAUUUACCAAUGUGAAAAUGUGCAAUUAGCUUGCAGAAACUACAAGAAACAAAAAACCAAAACAAAAAAAACUUUAAGAACUCUUGCUUUUGGGAUUAUCAACAAACAAGAGAGAGAACUUUUCGCAGGAUUCGUGCGAAGGAUAACAAACCCACACAAACAGACAAUCAAAAUGGUCAACAAACAGUAUACGGCCAACGAUCUGGAGGCUUUUAUGAAGAUCGCCGCCAACUGGCAAAAUUCCAAUCACAACUUGCUGGAGGGCGUCGACUUGAAGACGGAAAUGACACAGUACAUGAACAGUCCAUCCAUGAACAUGUACAAGAAGAGGGAGCGCACCCAGAACUGGAACCACCAGGAAAAGAAAUACCUUCUGGAUCUCUGUCGCAAGGAUAUGCGCAUCAUCGAGAACAAAAGAUUGGAUGCCGGCCUGACAGCUGUCAAAAACAAGGCCUGGAAGAUCAUACACCAGAAGUUCUCCAAUCAAUUCGGCACCGAUCGCACCUGCAAUCGCCUCAAAGAACAAUGGCGACGGAUGAAAGCCUGCACUCGCAAUGAAAUUCUGGACUAUAACAAUCGCUUAGCCAGAUUCGGAGCAGAGGUGGCUGAUCGCAAAAAGCCAUCGCCGUUCACCUUCGAAGUGUGGGAUUUCAUGCAGGAGGCGAAGAAGGCCUGCAAAUCUGAGGCUCUGGACGGCAUCGACUACUCCAAGAUUCCCCUGGCUUUGGAAGAAGGCUUCGAGUAUCGUGAUGACUACAAGUUCAAUGCCGACGAGCACGAUAUGGAUGACAGCAGCCGCACACCGCCGCAAGAGCUGUGCGACGUGGACAUCAAGGAGGAGGAGAACAACGAGACCUUCAACGAGACCUUCAACAAUCACCAUCUCAGCCAGAGCGACAUCCAUGGCGGUGGCGAGCGGUUGAGUGUGUCGCCCAAUCACAGCAUCAGUCGCAACGGAAUCCACGAGGCCGAGAGUCCUGCCACAGUUUCCGCAGCGGCGGCUGGCAUGGAUACGAGCGGUGCCUUCCUGCCCGGAGGAGCUGACAUGAGCGGCUUCCAGGCCAACUUCAAUAUGAACAACAUAUCCGCCACACUGGAGGCCCUGAAUGCCCUGCGAUCUGGCCAGUUUCCCAGUGCGGCUGCAGCGGCGGCGGCUGCCAUUCAGCAGCAUCAGGCGCAGGCCCAAGUGGCCAUGCACCACCAGCAGCACAGCAGCAGCAGCAGCAACAACAACAACAAUAACAACAACAAUGAGGAUGAGGAGGAGGGCAUGAAGCCGCUGGCCAAGAGGCAACGCACCAGCAGUGGCAGCAUCCUGAGUGGCGAGGAUCAACCCACAUCCCUGGUGAACUCAUUGCCCGCUGGCGCGGAAUGUCAGGCUCUGGAGCGUUCCGGCAGCAGCAGCAAUGGAGGAGCAGGCAUCUCAGGAGCGGCCGUGGCCAGCAGUUCGAAUGCCAACAGCAGUGGCAACAGCAACUUUGAGCUGCGCAUGUUCAUGGAGAUGCAGAGCAAGGAGCACAUGAUGCGCAUGAAAAUCCUCGAGGUGCAGUUGCAGGCGGCCAAGCACAGUCGCGAUCUGGUGGAGAUCAACAAGACGCUGGCGCUGCAGAAGCUGCAGGAGCUGGCCAGCAAGCGACUGCCCAGUUAGGAGGCAGUGCAGCAGCUGAAGGAGCAGAAGAAGCAGCAGAAGGAGGAGCAUCAGCAGUUUCAUGUUACAUUAGUUUAUAGAAUAAAAGAAACCCAUUCCCGCAGGCACGUUCGCAGGCAGAGAACGCGGCUAGGCGGGGAUCGGCUAGAGUUAGCAUUAGUGUUAGUCCUAAGUUGAAAGCAGGAUCCAUAGCUUCACAUCCACAUUGACAAACACAAACACACACAUACACACACACAGAGAGACAUUCCUGGCAUUGUUGAUCAGUAUUUGAAAGCUAGAAGCGAAUCCCCCGAAACACACGAGAACCCAGAAACCAAGCGAGGAUCAGGAGGCGCUCGGAAGUAUGCCAUAAUCUUAUGAUGAUGAAUCCUAGCCUACCUCACAUAAAGCACACACACACAAAUAUUCAGAUAUCAGACACACUCGUACACUCACACAGUUACACUCUCUUCUGGCCUAACCAGCACUUGACCAAGUCAAGUCAAGUUUAGUUAGUUUCUAGUUUUAGCUCGUAUGGGAAUCACUCUCUCCAAGUUGCUCAACUACCACAAAUGUAUUGUACUUACGUUUCUUGACUUCAGUUUACGUUCUGCUACCACCACUAACGAUUUAAACCAACAUUGAAUGCACAAAUGAUUACUUUUCGUUGUCCUAAGAGAAGAACUCUUAUGUAUGUAGAUGCAUCAUUACAAUCGGCAGUCGUCUCUGAUUUUAAUUCUUACUUUAACUUGUAUUUAUUUUUAUCUUUGUAUAGACUAUGUUGAUAUAUAUACGACCCUCUAUAUAUGUUUGUUUGAAUGCCAUAUUAAAUGAAAGUUCUUUUUAAUAUCCUUUUUUCCAUUUGCGCUGCAAAACAAAUUGUUACCACAUAUGAUAUAUAUAUAUAAGCAAGUUCCCGCUUCGAAGAGGGGCUAACAAAGGCCUCGAAUUGGUCUUCAGUUGUCGCAGAAGGCUUCAUUGUAAAGCGUGUAAAUGAAAGAUACAAAAUAUUUUAAAUAAAAUACAAAAGAAAGAACAGAA